AUGGCAGCCCUGGUGGCAGUGGUGGUGAGGAUAAUUAUUGAGAUCACUGCAGUACUAUUGACGGACUUCCUGUGUGGCCAGAAUCACUGUAAUGGUGGAUCAUGUCAUCCAGCUCUUGGAGACCUGCUGGUGGGUCGCAGUGCACAGCUAACUGCUUCAUCAACAUGUGGGUUGUUUGGCCCUCAGAAAUACUGCAUUAUUGGCUACCUGGAGGAUGAGCAGAAGUGUUUCACCUGUGAUUCCCGAGAUCCGUAUCAUCCAGUUUUCCAGGCCGACAGUCACUUGAUUGAAAAUGUUAUCACAAGUUUUGAGACAGAUCGGAAGAAAUGGUGGCAGUCUGAAAAUGGUGUUGACCACGUGAGCAUAAGGCUGGACUUGGAAAAUGUGUUUCAGUUCAGCCAUCUUAUCUUAACUUUUAAGACAUUUCGACCUGCAGCAAUGCUGGUGGAGCGCUCCACAGAUUAUGGCCAAACCUGGAAAGUAUUCCAGUAUUUCGCACAAGAUUGUGCUGCAUCUUUUCCGGCCAUUCCUUCAGGUCCAGCCAGAUCAGUAGGAGAUCUUAUUUGUGAUUCCAGGUAUUCGGAUAUUGAACCCUCAACUGAAGGGGAGGUUGUUUUCAAAGCUCUGGAUCCCAGCUUUGAAAUAGAAAAUCCCUAUGUCCCAUACAUCCAAGAGCUAAUUACUUUUACAAAUCUGAGAAUAAACUUCACAAAGCUUCACACACUUGGUGACACUUUACUUGGCCAAAAGCAACAUGACCCUCUGGAAAAAUACUACUAUGCACUUUACGAAAUGGUUGUUCGUGGAAGCUGCUUUUGUCAUGGUCACGCCAGCUCCUGUGGUCCUGGGCAAAAUCUACGGGGUGAUGUUUUCCAUGACCCUGGGAUGGUCCAUGGGAAUUGCCUCUGUGAACAUAACACAGAAGGUUUGUCCUGUGAAAGAUGCAAGGAUUUCUACAAUGAUGCUCCCUGGAGACCAGCUGAAGGAUCACAGGAAAAUGCUUGCCAAAAGUGUGAAUGCAAUGGUCAUUCUGAAAGUUGUCAUUUUGAUAUGGCGGUGUAUCUUUCCACUAACCAUGUCAGUGGUGGAGUGUGUGAAGACUGUCAACAUAAUACAGUGGGACAACACUGUGAUCGGUGCAAGCUUUUUUUUUAUCAAGACCCCCAGAAAGCAAUUUCAGACCCUCAUGCAUGUAUCCCUUGUGCCUGUGAUCCAGAUGGUACCCUGUACAAUGGGCUGUGUGAUGGUCAUACGGACCCUGCUCUUGGAACUGUUGCUGGCCAAUGCCACUGCAAGGAAAAUGUGGAAGGAGUACAUUGCGACAAGUGCAAGCCAAACUUCUAUGGACUGAGUGGAAGCGAUCCCCUUGGCUGUCAAUCCUGCAACUGUGAUCCUUCUGGAAGCCUCCCUUUCUCUGCAUGCAAUCCCAUGACUGGAGAGUGUCUGUGCCAGCAGUUUGCCACCGGGCAACAUUGUGAGAAAUGCCUUCAAGGAUACUGGGGUCUUGGAAGUAACUUCCAUGGCUGUUUGCCAUGCGACUGUGACAUUGGUGGUGCCCACAAUAACUUGUGUGCAACUAUUGAUGGUCAGUGUGAGUGCCUUCCUAACAUAGUGGGCCGUCAGUGUACUGACCCAGCUGCAGGAUACUUUUUUCUACCUUUGGAUUACUAUAUAUAUGAAGCAGAAGACUCAUGGCCUCUCCCAGGAUCCUUACCUUUGGGUUCAGUUCUAUCUGUCAGGAACUCUGCUCUGGAUAUUGUCAUUAGGGAGCCCAUUCCUGGAAAGCCUGUGACGUGGUCAGGGCUAGGUUUUGUGCGUGUCCAAAGUGGAACAGGGCUAAGAUUUACAGUCAACAACAUUCCUUUCUUGAUGGAUUUUAAUCUCAUCAUUCGUUAUGAGCCUGAGACUUCAGAAGAUUGGAUAGCGAGCAUUGUUGUAAAGCCUUCUGGUACUAUGGGAAGUGAACACUGUAAGAACAAGGCAAUCCUGCAAGAACCUCACUCACUCGCUUUGCCAUAUACAAUGAGAAUUGCACUGUUACCUACUCCUGCAUGCUUUGAACCAGGAACAGAAUAUUUUGUAGAUGUCUAUUUUUCCAAGUCUUCUGUCUCUGAUCUAACAACUCCACCAUCCAUAUUGAUUGAUUCACUUGGGCUCAUUCCCAGAAUCAGUUCGGUGGAAAACUUUUGCAGCAAAAACGAUUUAGAAGAGUACCAGCAAUACCACUGUGUUGAAAUAGCUUCAGAAAUUGGACCACAUAUCCUGCCAGAAGCAUGUGCAAAACUAAUAGCAAGUCUGUCUGCUCAUAUUCACAAUGGAGUAGUUUCCUGCAGGUGUCACCCACAAGGAUCUGUGAAUGCAAACUGUGAGAAACUUGGAGGCCAAUGUCAAUGCAAAGCAAACGUCAUAGGUCGCUGUUGUGAUAAAUGUUCAGCUGGAAGCCACAGUUUUGGGUCCCAGGGUUGUAUCCCGUGUGACUGUCAUCCUCAAGGAUCAGUAAGUGCGCUCUGUGACCAGGAGACUGGGCAAUGCUCAUGCCGGCCAGAAGUGGAUGGCCAACAGUGUAAUCGAUGCUUGGCUGGAUAUUUUGGUUUUCCCCAUUGUCGGCCUUGCCCUUGCAAUGGCUUUGCAGAACUCUGUGACCCACAGACUGGAGCAUGCUUGAAUUGUAGAGGGUUUACAAUGGGAGCCAACUGUGAAAGAUGUGUAGAUGGUUAUUAUGGGGAUCCUCUCAAAAGGGAGUCCUGUCGUCCAUGUAUGUGCCCAGAUUCUCCUCUAAGCAGUAGGUACUUUGCACAUUCCUGUUAUCAAGAUCCUUGGACGAUGCAAUUAAUCUGCAACUGUUUUGCAGGCUACACAGGUGAUUGGUGUGAUGAGUGCUCUGAUGGGUUCUAUGGGAAUCCAAAGAUGGCAGCAGGCCAGUGUCUCCCAUGCUCUUGCAAUAAUAAUAUUGAAGCAACAGAUCCAGACUCAUGUAACAAAGAUACUGGAGAGUGCGUGAAAUGCUUAUACAACACACAAGGGCCAAACUGCCAGUUCUGCAAACCCGGUUAUUUUGGAUCAGCACUUCUGCAGAACUGUACAAAAUGUGAUUGCAACCUUCUUGGGGUGAACCCAACAGAAUGCCCAUCUGGAGAUGGCAUUUGCCUGUGUGACCAGACAACCGGGGAGUGCCCUUGCUUGCCUAAUGUUAUAGGCACCAAGUGUGACCAAUGUGCUCCUGGCUACUGGAACCUGGUCCAGGGAACUGGAUGCCACCUCUGUAACUGCAAUGUAGAAAAUUCCCAAAAUAACUUGUGUGACCAGUUUACAGGUCAAUGUCCAUGCAAAUUGGGCUACACUGGAAAACACUGUGACAAAUGUGAUGAAAAUUAUUUUGGUGAACCUCAGAGCAAUUGUAUUUCAUGUAAAUGUAACAAGGAUGGAACUCGGAGGCCUGAGUGUGACAAAGACACUGGAGUGUGCAACUGCCGUGCUGGGGUCACUGGAAGGUUUUGUGACCAAUGUGCCCGAGGUUAUAGCCAGGAGUUUCCUUCCUGUCCCCGUUGCCACAUUUGUUUUGAUCAGUGGGAUAAUAUAAUCAGUUCCCUAUCUCAGAAAAUCCAAACUUUAAUGAGAUUUGCUGCAACACUAGGAGACAAGAGGAAGACAAUGUCUGGUUGUGAUAUAGACUUCAAAGGCUACGAAGAUACAAUUUCUGAAAUAGAAAUAAUGUUAAAAAGCCCCAUCCUGUCAUCAGAGGUGCUCUUAAAAAUUAAGAAGGAACAUGACUAUAUCAGACAAAAGGUUUCACAAAUGUAUCUCCAGCCUGACUUUGUGGAUCAGUUUCCUGAAUUAAGCAGGAUGCUGGAAAACUUAAGAAAAGAUGCUGAUCAGCUCUCUGAAACCCUGCAAAAGAGAACUGAACUGUAUCACAGGAUUGAUCACAGGUACUUCCAAGAUUCCCUCAACAAAAUAAAGGAUUAUUACGAAAUAAUGUUAUUGGCUGGAGAGAGAAUUAAUGGAACAAAGGCCGUCCUAACAUAUAGUGGAAAAACCAGAAUUAGUAUACUUGCCAUGUUAGAUGAUCUGGUCCCUAAAGAAAACACAACAUUGGAUCAGCUGAUGCUCAGGACUUCCGAUAUUCAAAACCUAAAUGAAAAGAUCUGUGGGAUCCCAGGAAACCUGCCUUGCCUGGUGGCUGAGUGUGGUGGUGCUUUAUGCAGAGACAUCCAGGGAAACAAACACUGUGGUGGUCCACACUGCAGUGGAGCACUCCCUGUUUCUAAAAAUGCUCUUGGAAGAGCUGGUGAGACAGCCAUCUUGCUAAAUAACUUGACCAAUCAAAUACAAGGAUCUGACAAUAAGAUAGAAAGUAUCAGGAGAAUGACUGAGGAUACAAAGAAUAAAACUGCACAGAUAAAUGGAGAGCUGGAGAAAAGUAAACAUCAAAUAGAAAAGGAAGGAGAACAUAUCAAAGAGCUCAUCACCAGCGUGAAGAACUUUCUCUUGGAGGAAAGCGCACCUCCAGAAGACAUAGAGAAAGUGGCUAAUUAUGUGCUGGGCAUCAAGUUGCCAGGGAUGCCUCAACAGCUUACAGAUGCGCUCAACAGACUGAAAAGUCUGAUGGUACACUGUGAGGAUUCUGCAACUUACACGGACAAGUUAGAUAAACAAGAAGAAGAGGCAAGGCAACUUUUGAAGAAAGCACAAGAAACUGAGAAAGCAGCAAAAGGUCUCCCAACUCUUGAUGAAACAAUAAGCAAUUUGAAUGAAGUGGAAAGUAUUCAAGGACAAGUUAGAGAUGACAUUGGAAACUUAAAUAGAAAAAUAGAAGAAAUAAAAGCAAAAAAUUCAGAGACUGGGAACCAAAUGAACAAAGCAGAUACUGAAUUACGGGACAUUUCAGGAAAGCAUUCAGAUCUGGAAGAGGAAUUUUCUUCCCUGAAGACUAAAGUGCAGCUGACUAGGAACCAAGUAAAAAAUACAAGAUCAGAAGCAGAAAAAGCACAGAAUCAAACUAUGGUGACUAAUGAGGAAUUUGCUAAUCUUAAAAGAGAAUAUGCUAACUUGCAAGAACUGAAAGCCAAGGGCCUUCCACUGAAAACCUUAGAGAAACUGAACCAGCUAAAAAAAGAGGCAGAGGAAUUAGCUAAAGAGACUGAAGAGAAAACAAAAAGAAUAGCAGACUUGGAAAAGAAGAUACAAGAUCUGAACCAGAUUAAACAAAGUAAGGCUAAUCUGCUGAAACAACUGGAGGAGCAAGUCAUAGCCAUUAAAAAUGAGAUUACUCAGCAGUCAAAUCGAUAUGAAAGUUGCCAAAAUUAG